GAGUCUUAAUGAACAAGGGACAUCAUCAGACUUCUCAGUUUUUUUAGUAAGGCAGGAAUAUUGUGUAACAAAAUCACUGUGUUGUCUGUGAACUGAACUCAUUGCUCAUUAUGAAAGAAACUCACCCACUUCUUCCAAUUACAACAGCAUUUACUCUCUUCCUGUACACUGUUCUGUCAUUCACUGUAAUUAGCGCAGUUGUCCCAUCCUCAGCACCUCUAUGCCUGGUUCUAUGGCUAAUUAUCCACUGUAUUGAUCACUGGAGACAACUGUCUAUUUAUUUCCAGCAGUAGAGAGCAGUUACUCUCCAUUUGACAUCCUCAUUAGGAUUCAGCAGAAGAUAUUUAGUGGACUGAUAGAUAACAUCUCAUUCAACAAAGGCAAAGUAGGGUUACAUAUGAGGAAUUAUGGCCUAUUCUGCUCAUAUGGACAUGCUGGAUGAAAACAUUAAUUCUUUCAGAGGCUGGGAAUCAAUUGUGUGGCAUGGAUUUCACUUGGAGGACUGGAAGAGACAUGGAGUCAUUAAUAGAGUUGCCUAUUUUGAGGUGGAGAUCCUGGACCCCAAGAGCAAGGCGCAACUCUGCUACCUGGAUAAGGUGGAGCCCAAUGCCACAAUCGCAGAGAUCAAGACAUUGCUGCACAAAAUUUAUCCCAAGUUUUAUCCAUCAAGACAGGCACUGAAGCUGCAUCCUGAGGGAAAGGCGCUCAGUGAUGAUGAUGUGCUGGAGGAUUUACCAGUUGGCACGACCGCAACAAUGUUCUUUCAGGACCUCGGCCCACAGAUAGGUUGGACUAUGGUAUUUCUGGCAGAAUGUCUUGGGCCGCUUUUCAUUUACCUGCUAUUCUACUAUCGGCUUCCAUACAUCUACAGGCAUGAGUAUGACUACACCCAAAGUCCACUGAAAGUUGUCAAACUGGCUUGCUGGUGCCACUCUCUUCAUUACAUUAAGAAGCUUGUGGAAACUAUUUUUAUCCAUCGCUUUUCUGACGGAACAUUACCUUUACGCACCAUCAUGCUGCUCUGUCUGUACUACUGGGGAUUUGCAUCAUGGCAGGCAUAUUACAUCAACCAUCCACUCUACACACCACCAAGCUAUGGGAGACUCCAAAUCUACUCCGCACUGGCAAUGUUUUUGGUCUGUGAGAUUGGCAAUCUCUCCGUUCAUCUGAUUCUGAAUCGAAUCAGCUGUAAUGGGUCCAGGCCUACAGAGAUUCCUUAUCCCACAAAGAAUCCAUUCACUUGGCUGUUUUUCUUCGUGUCCUGCCCAAACUACACAUAUGAGGUGGGAUCAUGGAUCAGCUUCACAGUCAUGACACAGUGUCUUCCAGUUGGAGUUUUCACAUUUUUGGGGUUUAUUCAGAUGACUAUAUGGGCUCGGGAAAAGCAUAAAACCUACACCCAGCAAUUCAAAGACUAUCCUGACCUGAGAACGGCCAUCAUUCCACUCUUCUUCUAGAUCUGUUGGAUGGAGGAUGAAACUACAUGCACUUUUGUCAUUGGAUUCCUCACCAAACAUCAUAGUGUAAGCAGCAAAAUAAGUCUAUUAUUUCUGUCAGACCUUUUUUUAAGUUUUAAUUUUUUUUCCAGUUAAGUUUGUGAUGUAAUCUCUGAAGUAUGGAAUGGUAAUUACUAGUAAUAAAUGUAUUAUAUAGAGGCUUACCUAGCAUAAACUAUGGCUAUACAGCAAGUCGAGGAAGAUAUACUAACAGUGACUAAUACUUAUGUGCAGGAGGCGUAUGUAACACAAACUUAAACAUUUGCUUUACAUCAAAGAGUGGAAGUUGAGUCCCAAUUGAAGGUCUUCAGACCAUCAAGCAGAAAACAUGGUGUACAGUGUGAUCCUCUUUUAUUGUUGAGUUUUCAUUUUUGUAUUCCAUUAAAACAUUUUGCAGAACAUA